AUGUUUGUGAGGGCUGACGAGUGCUUCGAGAAACCAGAUCAUCAACGUGUCAUUUACUGCGAACUCAAAGAGAUAUACGAUGUGGACGAUACAAUGCGAUAUAAUGUUGACGUAUUAUGGCGAUUGACGAGAUCCUGUCAUGCCGUUGGUAAUACGUACGAAGCGAAAGAUCAGAAAAGAAAGGAGAUUCUGCUAGAGGGUUCGCGUUUUGCUUAUCCUCAGACUGAUUUUGAUCAUAAAACAGAAUGA